UGAUUCAUGAAAUUUGUUUUUGUUGACAAGUGACAGGAUAUCCUAACCUUAAAUUAAAUUCGAAUUUUUGAUUGACAUUUUAAAAAUUUCAAGAAAAUUUAAUAAUUUUCACGUUUCCAUUACAAAUUCCCGAACAAAUUAGGUUGGUAUAUUUUGUGGGUUCUCGUUUUGCGAAGAUUCAAGUUCAUUAGGGAUCUAUUGAACAGUGCAAUUGGUGCUAAGGAUCCAUUGUCAGCAAACCAACUUAACCAACCCCCCAAAUCAAGUCAAGGUAAACCUAAGAAGAUUCGAAAAGACUGAAUUCUUGACUGAAGAAAAACCCUAGACAUAAAAAUGAAUAUCCGGUGCGCCCGUCCUGAAGACUUAAUGAACAUGCAACACUGCAAUUUGUUGUGUCUGCCCGAAAAUUACCAAAUGAAAUAUUACUUUUAUCACGGAUUGAGUUGGCCUCAACUUAGCUAUGUUGCAGAGGAUGAGAAUGGCAAAAUUGUCGGCUACGUAUUGGCAAAAAUGGAAGAAGACCAGGAAGAUCUGAAACACGGACACAUAACUUCGCUGGCUGUGAAACGAUCCCAUAGAAGAUUGGGCUUAGCUCAGAAAUUGAUGGAUCAAGCGUCCGAAGCCAUGGUUGAAUGUUUCGAUGCUAAAUAUGUGUCCUUGCAUGUGAGAAAAAGCAAUAGGGCUGCAUUGAAUUUAUAUAAAAAUUCGCUUAAAUUUGAGACUGUGGAGAUUGAGCCCAAAUACUAUGCUGAUGGUGAGGAUGCCUAUUCUAUGAGGAGGGAUUUGUCGGAGUUUUCUAAGAAAAAGGAACCUAAAAAAGAAGAACAGCUGAAAAUUGAGGAGUAAUAUAUUCGAAAGUAUGUACUUGUUAUUAUACAUUAAUUUAUUAAUAUUAAUGUAAUUUUUUAAAUAUUCUCAAUAAAAAUAGGACUAAUAUUAAAUUUGGUUUA